UUUCAAGGGAAUCGCUUGGAUCGUUGCGCGCUUUUCCAUCGAGCGGAUGAUUCCUGUGACAACAGGAUGGGCCGAUAGAAAGUGGAUAGAGAUAGUAUUUGUCGCGCAAUCAGGAAUCAUCGAUGAACAUCGAGUGGUUGGCAACGUGCUCCACCGGUUAAUACCACGACGAAAUUACGCCGCGCCAAGUGUAGCCAGAAAUUGGCAGGAUAACGUGGCCACACUCGAUUAUUGGGUGCAGGAGAGAUCCUCUCCCAGCGGGUUCGUCGCGUUAGGUAUAAGGGAGAAGAAACCUUGAAACGAGAUUACGCGAAGAUGCGAGAACGAUCCAAAAAAUGAACGAUGAAACGAUCCUGAAGGGUUUGACCGGUGGCGGUAACAUUCCAUUCGCGGACGAGGAUGGAACGGUGGCGGGGCUCGAGCAUCGCGGCGCACGAUCGAGCGCCGCGCGGGCAGAGGUGACGCGGAAGGAAGCGCACACUUUGGGGACGUUCGGUGGGCCGUCGAGGAUGGAUCGAGAGGAAAGGAGCUGCUCGAUGCUGGAACGGAAUGCGAGCAUGUUCGUCGGUCAGAGGCAGUACAAGCAAUCGCCCGGCCCUAGGAGGAUCGGCUCGAGGAACGAGGCGAUCGAGGGGAGCGGGGAGAAUGCUCUGCAACGGUACGAGAACGCCGUGUUGAAGUAUCGGAGGGCGAGCAGGCAAGGGAGUCGGGACAGGCAGAAUCACGGUUGCUCGAGCAGCGACGAGAGCGUGGCGAGGAACAAGUCGAAGAGCAUCAGCUCGAUCGACACGCAAUCGGUGAACAACAUAUUGGACGAGUACGAGGACCUCGAUUACGGGAGAUCGUCCGAUUUGAGCGACGUCGGGAGCAUAAGCGUGUCCAACUUCGAGGCGGUGAUGAUGGACCAGCGGAAGAGGCAGCAGCAGCAGCAGGAGAGGUCGAGAGCGGCGUUGGCCGCGUCGAGGAUGCAGCCCAAGU